AUGCACAGUGGGCCGGGUCAUCGCUUGCACCUUUGUACCUGCAACGUCAAUGGUGCAGGGUCGUCCUUCCGUGCUCUCCGCGAGCUCUCUGGCUGUGACGUUUUGGUGUUGCAGGAGACACAUCUUGCUGAGCAUGAUCUGGUUGCCUUUGGUCAUGAGAGCAGGAAGCAAGGUUACCGCACGUGGAGCGUCGCCGCCCGUGUUGGCCGCGACUCCUUGGGCAGGCGAACUGUCAACGGCGGCCUCGCGAUCGCUGUUAAAGCUUCUUUGCCGGCCUUCAAGGUUUCUGACACUUGCUGUGCUGAAGGUGAGGCGAUCACUUUGCAGUGCAACAAUCUUAGAAUCUGUGGCCUAUGGCAGCGCCCUGAGCACGUUGCUGCUGGUGGCCUGGGACAGUACCUUGUUGACGUUGGUUCUGCUGGUUGGCCUGUGACCGAGCUGGGUGACUUCAACGAGAACCCCCUCCUGGACUCUUGUGCCUGCAGCCUUUUUGCUGCUCAGCAGGAUGGGGAGCUGUUGCCCGCCCCAUGGUCGUCGGAUCGUUGCAUCGACUACCUUCUUGUGCUUGGUCAAGAUCAGCCCUCUCAUUUUCAGGAGCGUGCGCCGCCCGUUCAGGGGCGAGCUUGGCUUGAUGAGUUGGCGCUCUCUGAUCAUCGUGCGGUUCAUGUCGGGUUGGAUCUGCCUUUAGUUCGUCAGCGUCACAACGUCGCUGCUGCCUUUGGACCUCCGGUCCUGUCGGGACCAUUGGCAACCAAGAUCAGCUCGACGCGGCGUGGUCAGUUUGGUGUUCCAGACUUGAAGCUGCCUUUGCUGUCUGUUUGGGUGCCAGCGCUGCGCCAGGGUCGUUUCGCUUUCGGCGACUUUCUAAGUUGGUCGGCAGGCUUCGUGAGCGAGCACGACCGGACCCAGCAGCUUGUCAUCUCUGAGGGCUCUCUGCAAGCGCUUGCCUCCUGUCGGGCGUGGGUUAAGCGCACUGCCCAAGUCGAGGCUCAGACCCUCUUGGACGGUUUCGAGGCACCGAGCUCCGAGCGGCUGCCCAGAGCUCUGGCACUGCUUGCGGAGCUUGCGGACGUCCUGAACCAGGCCGUUGAGUUCGGCAAGGAUGUCUUCACGGCCAUCUUGUCCAUGGAUGAAGAGGUGAUGGCUCACAUAGAUGCGGUUCAGGUGGCCACUCAGUGGUCUCAGCGUUUGCACCUGCAAGAAAACAUGGACAAAUUGUCCUUGCCCCCGCGCAACCCGCAGCAGCGCGAGGUGCUCAACAGACGCAUGCCAGGAAAAGUGAAGGACACUGUCCGCGUCCUGGGCAUCGACUUGCAUCAGCGCCGGGACCGAGCGACCUUGCCUACUGCGCGGGACAGAGCAGCUCAGGCUUUGUACCGUGGGCGCAGGCUGCGUUGGCUCCCAGUCUCGCUCUGUCGGCGCAGGUCUCUUGGGAAGCGUAAGGGUCAGGACUGUCAAGCCUACUGGAUGGCUUUCAAGCAAGCAAUGUUUGGCCAUGCCAUUGGCUCCGCAGACUUGCAGCGGCAGGGUUUCGGCAGAGAUGGACCUUCCGUCCUCUUCGUGGCACGUGGCAGGGACGUGUCAGGGCUUUCCUUCGUGAACUUGGCUGGGACGAGCGUGGACCCUGGCACUGGAACCACGCUGCUUUGGGCGAUCUUUCUUUCGCACGUGGAGACCGAAAACGUGGCUUGCACCUGGUGCGCGAAUCGUGGCGCCGACAGCGCUUCCUUGCGUUCAUGCUUUUUUCCAGACGGGACAGUCGCUUCCUGGGGGCAUGUGGUGACGUUGUCUACGACGAGGCCUUCCGUCAGGGUCGUUCGGGCGUUGUGCCCCGCUGCAGCUACUGUCGUGAUGGUGCAGCUGCUUCCUGGAUGCAUUGGUGCUGGCGGUGCUCCGGCUUUUCGGUCACCAGGCCGCGUGCAUGGCAUGAUUCUUUGGCUGGGCGCCUCGGAUGGCCUCACAAGGCAGGGCGUCGUUGGCCCCCGGCGUCUCGACACUUGUGUCGUUCGUCAACAAGAUGGCCACGGGGCGGUGACUUCACACGAAGUGGCCCAGGCAGUGGCUCAUAAAACGUUGGGGGCAGACACCUGGCGACCUGACGCCAAGUGGACUCCGGAGACAGAAGGAGGACCGGUGCCGACUUCGUAUCCUGAAUGGGUCGGGAGCCUUGCUCGCGACCAACGAUGGCUUUGUGGCGACACCCUCAACAUUGCGGCGAUGAGGCUGAAGAUGACCAUCAUCCUCCACCAAUGGAUGGGGGAGGAAUGGAGCGGCCCAAUCGUCUUUGGGCGUGGCGAGGCAUGUGCUGGGCUGGUUCUAUGGAGGAGGUGGUUGGCUGCCGGCCUCUUCUUCCUCGGGUUCCUCCAGGCCUUCUUCUUGCUCAGCGGUGCAGAGGAGCAGUGCAGAGGGUCGGAGUGCUCUGGCCUUGGACCGCCCGAGCAGGCCGGCUUCGGCUGCUGUGCCGAGAUGUGUGGCCAGAUCGCGCAAAAUGGGUUGAUGCCCAGCCGGGUCUGGCGCACUGCGUGGCGGCUUGUCGACGAGCGGAAGUUCCUGCUCGAAAGUUGCAGUGUUUGGGCCACGAGGCGUAAGGCCUUCGCCGAGACGUGGAGUCUGACCAGAUUCGAGCGUGCUCGCCUCUGCAAGAGUGCUGCACCAAACGGGAAACGAGGCUUCAUGGGCAACAGUUGGAUGCUUUCAGCCGCCGCUGUGAUCAAUUUGGUUUUCGGUGUUGGGCCACAUCGGUCUGGCACAACCCCUCUUGCCACUGCUGGCUACCCUGUUGUCGCUUUUGGGGAAUUUAACCACCUUCCCGGUGAGGGCCACCUUGUUGAAACUGAGGGUGUUGAGAUCUAUGCGCCGUCGCAGGAGGACCGCUUCUUGUCCACUCGCUGGGACUCCGACCGCUGCAUUGAUUUUGCCCAGGUGAUACCGGCGCAAGGUGUUGGAGCGCAGCCUGUUGCCCUCUCUGGCGGCACCUCCUGGUUGGAUACGGUUGUCCUUUCCGAUCAUAAGGCGGUUUGGUUUAGGCUAGGGCGGCUAGGGUUGACCUUACGUGGCGGCCCUGCGACCUUGCUGCAGCCCUGUCGUUCUUACCUGCAACCCCGAGCAUGGAAAGCCGAUGAGUGGCGACAAGCCCUUGCUCGUGCUUAUGGUGAUGCUCAGGAUUGGCCUCUUGUGACUACUCAGGCUGAGCUCGAUCGGCAAUGGAAGCAGUGGUGUGGAAAGCUCGAGCAUGCGUUCGCCACCGUCGCUGCUGAGGCGGGCGUUCGUAAUGACCCGCGGCAUACUAGACGCAAGGGCUCCCCGGCUGUGCGCAUUGAAAAGGGCGAGUUGGGCGCUUGGGUGGUCCCAGGCUCUUUCCAGUUCCGGCGCCUCGCUAACGUGGUGGGCAGGCUUAGAGAGCUCCGUCGUGCUGGCGAGGCCGAGCGCACUGUGCUGCUCCGCAAGGCUGCUUUGUCUGAUCUUGCUGCAACCGAGGAGGCCACUCGACUCAAGGAGUGGAAAGAGCGGAUCCGCACUGACGAUAAGUAUGCUAGGUCGUGGCUCAAGCGUGCUGUUGGUGCUACACCUCACACCGUCAAAAGCGGGCUGCGCAAGGCCAGCCAUGACGCUGAGGCUGUGGCCAUGCUGCGUGAUUUCUGGCAAGACAUCUGGGAUCGGCCCCAGCCAGCCCCCGGGAGCAUCUUUCAGGAGUGGGUUCAGGAGUGGCCCAAUCCGCCAAGGGCCCUUGACUGGAGUGAUUUUUCCGCUGCUGAGCUCCUUCAGGCCGCGAGGUCGUCGAGUGCUGUUGCUGCAGGGCCGUCCGGUUGGACGCCGACUGAGCUUCGCUUUGCCCCUGAAGCUGCGUUUGAGGACUUGGCGAGCCUGCUCAACCGUGCCUUUUCUGCGGGCCUGGUGCCUACUACGUGGUCCGAGAUGGCCCAAGUCCAUCUGCCCAAGGUCCGAGGUCAGGAGUCUGACGUGGGACAGCUUCGGCCCAUAGCGCUCAUGUGCGCUACUUGGCGCUUGGCGGGAUCUGCUGUUGUUCGCAGGCCGGCCAUGCGGAGGUGGCUCUUGCAGUGGAUUCCAGCCUGUUGUCAUGGAGCCGUCGCUGGCAGAGACACGGCUGCGGCCCUUGCGCAGCUUGAAGACUCUGUCUUGACAGGGCAGAACAUGCUUGCCAGCCUUGACCUGCAGAAGGCUUUCGAUCAUGUGGUGCCGAACGAAGCGGUUGAUAUGCUUCUGCAUUUAGGCUUGCCGCGUGGCCUCGGUUGUUGGCUCAGACAAGUCUGGGGUCAGCAACGGCGCUGGCUGCUGUGGAGGACGCAGGUUGCUGAGACUCCGUCGCUCGUGCGAGCGUCGAUCCCGGAAGGGGACGCUUACAGUCCUUUGGCGAUGCUUGCUUGCUUGAGUUCGGUGGCCAAGGGCUUGCUGCGCACUUACCCGAUGCUCCAGCUCAGCUUCUUCGUCGAUGACAGGAGCAUCGCGGGCCAUGAUCCUCAAAUCGUCUUGGACGCGGUGGACUACGCUGAGAGAUGGUCCGGGCGAUUGGGUCUUGUCGAGAACCAGAGGAAGCUCCACGUCGUUCCCAGGACGGCUGCUCAGCGCUGUGUGCUGCAGCGGCGCAAGCCGCAAGCUGAGGCUGUUACUGCACGGGCUCUCGGAGUGGACGUCGGACAACGUAGCGGGCAAGCGGACCGUCCUACAGCGCGUGAGCGUGCACAGGCAGCACUGCAAGUGGCGCAACGACUUUCGUGGGCUCCGUUGUCGGCUGGCCGCAAGCGCUUCUUCUUCAAGCAGCUCGUCACGCCAAAGUACACGUGGGGGUGGCUCAACUUUCACACGUUGGGCAAGCGAGUGCCUUCCUACUGGGCGGCCUUCCGGAGGUGCGCUGAGUGUCAGCAACAGAGUGCGGUGCCGUUGCUCAAGCUGCUUGAGGGUCACUACAGUGACGCGUGGUUUGUUGCUGGACAGCAUGCUGCGUUGUGGAGGGCUUGCGCUGCUGGAGUUCCACCACGUUGGACUCGUCGACCGUUGCGGGACUGUUGCGGGGCACCUGGCUUGGCAGAGUUCGGUCCUUUUUCUCUGACUUGGACUGGCAGGAGGUGGGCCCUUGGCAGUGGUCUCAUCCUUCUGAGGGCGUUUUGUCGUUCACGGGCAUUUCUCCUCAAGCGAGGGCUCGCGGCCUUCACAGCCUUCGUGAGAGCUGGCGCAGGCAACAGUGGGAUGCUUUCCAGGCUCAGUCGCGUAGAGACAGCUUGA